UUUCUCCCCACAGCUCUCAUGGUACCAAGGGACAGGUUGGCCUUCCUGUGACACCGGGACGCCAGAUCUGAGAAGAUGUCAGCAAUACAGGCCGCCUGGCCAUCUGGUACAGAAUGUAUUGCCAAGUACAACUUCCAUGGCACUGCUGAGCAGGACCUUCCCUUCUGUAAGGGAGAUGUGCUCACCAUUGUGGCCGUCACCAAGGACCCCAACUGGUACAAAGCCAAGAACAAGGUGGGCCGUGAGGGCAUCAUUCCAGCCAACUAUGUCCAAAAGCGGGAGGGCGUGAAGGUCGGCACCAAACUUAGCCUCAUGCCUUGGUUCCAUGGCAAGAUCACACGGGAGCAGGCAGAACGGCUUCUCUGCCCACCAGAGACGGGCCUGUUCCUAGUUCGGGAGAGCACCAACUACCCUGGUGACUACACGCUGUGCGUGAGCUGUGAUGGCAAGGUGGAGCACUACCGUAUCAUGUACCACGCUAGCAAGCUCAGCAUUGAUGAGGAGGUGUACUUCGAGAACCUCAUGCAGCUGGUGGAGCACUAUACCUCAGAUGCAGAUGGACUCUGCACUCGGCUCAUCAAGCCAAAGGUCAUGGAGGGCACAGUGGCAGCCCAGGAUGAGUUCUUCCGCAGUGAGUGCCACCCCCGUACCCAGUCUCGCUUGCCUACUUGCCUCCUGCUGCCCAGGCUUCUUGGCACUUCCCAUCCCAGAUGCUCUGGAGACUUCCAGGGAACCCCACACACUAUAGUCGGCCUCUGUCUCUCCUGCUGUGAACUCUGCUCCAGUCUCAUCACCCCUCACUGGACCCCUUUCCUUCUACCAGGUGGCUGGGCGCUGAAUAUGAAGGACCUGAAGCUGCUGCAGACCAUUGGGAAGGGGGAGUUUGGAGAUGUGAUGCUGGGCGAUUACCGAGGGAACAAAGUCGCUGUCAAAUGCAUUAAGAACGAUGCCACUGCCCAGGCCUUCCUGGCUGAAGCCUCGGUCAUGACGCAACUUCGGCAUAGCAACCUGGUACAGCUUUUGGGCGUGAUUGUGGAAGAGAAGGGUGGACUCUACAUCGUCACCGAGUACAUGGCCAAGGGGAGCCUGGUGGACUAUCUUCGGUCACGGGGUCGGUCGGUGCUGGGCGGAGACUGUCUCCUCAAGUUCUCACUAGAUGUUUGCGAGGCUAUGGAAUACCUGGAAGGCAACAACUUUGUGCACCGGGACCUGGCUGCCCGAAAUGUGCUGGUGUCUGAGGACAACGUGGCCAAGGUCAGCGACUUUGGCCUCACCAAGGAGGCCUCCAGCACCCAGGACACAGGCAAGCUGCCAGUCAAGUGGACAGCCCCCGAAGCCCUGAGAGAGAAGAAAUUCUCCACCAAGUCUGACGUGUGGAGUUUCGGAAUCCUUCUCUGGGAAAUCUACUCCUUUGGGCGAGUGCCUUAUCCAAGAAUUCCCCUGAAGGACGUCGUCCCUCGGGUAGAGAAGGGCUACAAGAUGGAUGCCCCUGACGGCUGCCCACCUGCAGUCUACGAGGUGAUGAAGAACUGCUGGCAGCUGGACGCCGCCACACGGCCCUCCUUCCUGCAGCUCCGAGAGCAGCUCGAGCACAUCAAAACCCACGAGCUGCACCUGUGACGUCUGGGCUCGCACAGGUCAUGGGCCUCUGGGGACUCGACCUGAGAGACUGGACCUCGUGCCCCUACUCACUGGGCCUAACCGGAACUGAGCCCCGUGGACCUCUUUCCUCUGCCCCAGCCUGUGCCCCCCGGCCCCUCAGGGACCCCGCCUAGGCCCGGCACCUCUCACGGACCCGCCUGUGGGAUUUGGGGAGUCCCGCUGAAGGCCAAGAAGAGAGGAGGGUGAGGAGCAGGAGGCAGAUGCCCCACCAUGGUCAGGCUUCCCUGGCCUCCCAUCUCUCACCUUCCUGGAGUUUUAUUCCUUUCCUUUUUUAAGGUUCUUUUCCAUGUGCUUAUUUUUUAUUAUUUUUCACGAUAAGAAGAAAGAAAGUACCCAGGAAAUGGGCAUUUUACAAGAAGUACGAAUCUUAUUUUUCCUGUCCUGCCCAGGGUUGGGGAAACCAGGCCCAUCUCCAGGGACCCAUCGCCCCAGCCUUGUUCCCCGUUCCGUGUUCUGUGUUCUGUGUCGCCUCGGUCGCCCUGUGUUUGCGCUUGACCAUGUUGCACUGUUUGCAUGCGCCCGAGGCGGACGUCUGUCAGGGGCUUGGAGCUUGUGUGUGCUGCUGCCGCCUGCCUUGUGAGAUAGAAUUGUAAUAAACCACUCCAUGAGGACACCACU